AUGCCUGGUCUAUACGUCGAGCCCCCCAAACCCCAAUGUGCCCUCCCCUUUGACCCCAACCCCCACCACCGACAACAUACGCCCCUAUUCAAUCGCAAUUUCACUCCCAGAUACCUAUACCGUCUUGUUGCUCCCCAGACGGCGGGUUCAACCACGAGCUCAACCGCCAUACCCUCAACUUACCCCCAGCAUCAAACCGAUAUCUUCCAUCUCCCGACUCAGAAAGCAGCUACUCUUCUCCUUAACCACCUACUCUGGCAACGCGGCCACGAGAAUGGCUGCAACCUCAUGAGCUGGACAAGCUCUCUACUGUUCGCACUCCAAUACGCACUCUACCGCCACCGCAAGGAUGGCGACGACCUGAACCAGAUCCAGCUUAUAGUCUUAGACACCACCCUCUUCCCCCGGGGCACCUUCAUGCAGGACAUGGAAAUCAUGCGCUCCUUCGCAGGCAGCGACUCCCGACUCCAGAAAUUCGUCGAGUUCCGAGAAUCAGAGUACUAUUUCGGCGAGUACAUCACCCAAGGCAGACUCUCCAUCCAGGACCGGUGCGUGUGCACCUCUGUGCAGAAGAUGAUCGACCUGGGCCUCUUCGAGCUGCAGCCGCUCCUUGCAGAUCGGACCCAGUGGCAGUGGUGGCCGAAGCGGGUUCUGGCAUUCCGUGAACAAUUCACCAGUGGCAGGCUUGUGGCGACGCCCGAUUCGCAUGUUGACAUUGCGGUCGAUAUUUCCAGGCAGUGCUUUGGUGGGCAGUGGGCUGUUCCUGUGGCGAUUAUGCUCCUUGCCCUGCUGCCGCGUAAGGUAGAUGAUAUCACUCUUAUGGAGGGUUUCAGGGCGCGAUUUACAGAUGCGGAUAUCAGGCGUGCUAGGCUGGAUCGCAUGAAGGUGGAUAGCACACGGCUUCCUGAGGUUGGUCAGUUCCUGGGCCUUCUGCAGUCUGUCCAGCGUAACUGUGUGGACUCUGAGUAUAGCAGUCUUGCUGCCCAGGUGCAGGGACUUCAAGUUUGA